UGACACACUACUAAAAGCCAACGGCUCCUAAUGUAAAUGGAACAACUACCAUACACUGAAGAUGACACCACCACCACCACCACCACCACCACCACUAGCACCACAAGCACCGCCUCUCCUCAAAGCCAACGCAGCGGCACACGACACCCGGUGUACCGCGGAGUCCGAAAGCGAAGGUGGGGCAAAUGGGUGUCCGAAAUCAGAGAGCCCCGCAAAAAAUCGCGCAUUUGGCUCGGCUCUUUCCCAAUCCCAGAAAUGGCAGCCAAGGCAUACGACGUCGCAGCCUACUGCUUAAAGGGUCGAAAGGCGCAGCUCAAUUUCCCCGACGAGGUCGAGCAAUUGCCGAGGCCGUCCACGUGUACGGCCAGAGAUAUUCAGGCGGCAGCAGCCAAAGCAGCGCACAUGAUCGCUUCGGAGAUAACUAGGAAGACGAACAUUAAGAAUAAGAAGAGCCACGUCGUUAGUUCGGAUGCCGAUGAUUUCUGGGCCGAGAUUGAAUUGCCAGAGCUCAUGAUUUCUUCUGGGUCAUGUGGGUGGUCCUUUACCAGUGACGGUGCCACGUGGCCUGAUGGAGACGUUGCACAACCAUUCAUGGCAUGCCUCUGAAUCUUGUUGACGCUAAUGUACUGUUGGUAGGGCUCGUAUAUUUAUGUGUGUUUUUUAUCUUUUUCUUUUUUUAUGAAUAGUGUUUUUCAUCGGAAGUACUGGUUAUUGCUUUUGUUUGCUAUUUCUACUUUUAGAUAUAUAUGUACGUACUUAUUUGUUAAUUGUUAGAGAAGGGUUUAUCGUCACAAGUACCCUUAUUAAUUUUGGGCAUUCUAGUGCAUUAAUUUGAGCUCGCUUUGAUGGGUUUAAAGCUGUUGA